AUGCUGGCAACUCCGUGGGUGGGGGUGGGGUGCUUCUUGAAUGAGCAUGUGGCUGACCCCCAAAGGCAUGCCCCCCUCUCCACCCACCUUCUUGGAGAUGUCCCUUCAUUUGGGGAAGAGCCUGAGGCAGAGCUGGGCAGACCCCCUCAGCAGUGUUUGUUGAAAGGUGUGCAGGUGGCUGUCCUCCCACCCGCGAGCUCGUCUCACUCAUCUCAUCUAUCCUCCCGCAGCCCCUGCAGCCCCUGUGCACAGGGCUCUCCUUGCACCAGGCCUGUCGCGGCUUCCUGUGCCAUUUCCUGUUGUGCUCAGGUUCUACGAGCCGCCCAUCUCCACAGAAGAGCAGCUGGCAUUGCCCACCGGCCAUGCUGGCUGAAGAGCAAAGGAUGGAGGACCCCAGGACGCCCAGUGCGAGGACCCCACGAUGAUGCCCAGCGCGAGGACCCCACGUCGCCCAGCGCUAGGACCUCAGGACGCCCAGCGCGAGGACCGAGGACGCCCAGCGCGAGGAUCCCACGACGCUCAGCAGGAGGACCCAUGCCCUCACGACAAGCUACUCUCCUGGAUCAGGCCAAAGUCAUCACCCAGAAUUCUGCGUGGGACCCUGGACACACGGACACGGAUACAUGCCCCCAGGACCCUCCGGCUGUAAAUCCCUCCACAGCCACGGGGACGCCUUGCACAUUUCCUGUGGGACAUGCUGGAGCCAAGACUCUGGACCCAGGCCUCCCUUUGAGUAGAGAGACCCACCUACUGACUGAUGAACUGCGCUGACCUGGGGUCAGGCAUGUGGCCUUGAUCCCUGUCCAUGGACCCUGAGACUCGGGGGUGGGGGUUGAACUGUUGAGCCUUUACUGUUGAGUCCACAUCUAUGAGACGGACUCAGAUUCCUACCUCACAGGGCUGUUGUGAGGCAGCUGCAAUGUGCUUAGAAGCAUGGGGCCUGGUGGCUCAUGGCACUUUCAAUAAAUGUCUCUUGUUUUAACUAAA